AACAUUUAUUAUCACCAUUGUGUCAGAGACUCGUCGGUGAUCGCUGAAUCAUUCUCCCACAAUCGAUAAAGAGAGAUGUUUUCGCGCGAUUUAUGCGUUUGAAAAAAAUCGAUCGCUCAUGCGCAUAUAUCGAUAUGCCCGUUUCAUUUAUCCUCAACCUCCUUAUCUGUUUCGACUCAUUUCUGAAACGAAAAAUAUAUUCUCGAUCUGAUUUUAUAUGCACGAAAAUAGGGCAGGAAGUGACAGCUAAAGAUGAUAAGAAAUGUAAUUGGAAUUCUCGCUUGACAACGCGGUAGCGGGAGAACACGACUGUAGCGCGACUUCCUGUUUGAAGUUGCACGUUUCAACAAAGGGACACAGUGCUUGGGUUUAAAAAGCUUUUUUUUCUUACGAAAAGUAAAUAAUGGAGGAUGCCACGGUAGAAAAGGUUCAAGAAUAUAAGGAUUCUCUUAAAACUAAGGCGGAAGAGUUGCUCGUAAAAGGUUUCCCAGAGAAAAUAGUUAAAUUAAAUGAAUUGCUGGAAACGCCUGGAUUUUGCAAUCGAAAGCUGUCAGAUGUACAUCAAGACUUGAAUGUUCCCAUUCCAGAUCCUAUAAUUCUUAAUCAUUCCGAAGAUACUCCUGACAAAAAGCUUAAAUUAGACAAUAAUGGAGAAGAAACUAGUGGAACCAAAGUCAUGGUACUUCCAAGUGGCCCUGUACCUUGUAACAAAAAACUGUGUGAUUUAAUUCACAUAGUUAAACCCUAUAUUAGACAACUUUUGGAGGAUUCUAACUUACUAAAAAUGUGGAUUUCUUUUUUGAUUCCAAAAAUUGAAGACGGGAAUAAUUUUGGCGUAUCUAUUCAAGAAGAUACAUUAUCAGAAAUUCAGUCCGUUGAAAGCGAAGCCGCUGCAUUCUUCGAUCAAAUCUCUAGAUAUUUCAUCUCCAGAGGAAAAAUUGUUAGUAAAGUCGCGAAAUACCCACACAUCAUCGAUUAUAGAAGAGCAAUUCAAGAAUUGGACGAGAAAGAGUACGUAAGCUUAUGGCUCGUCAUGUGUGAAGUCCGUAAUCGUUAUUGUUCGCUGCACGAUCUUGUAAUCAAGAAUUUGGAAAAGAUCAAACGGCCACGUUCCUCCAACGCGCAAUCUUUGUACUAGUAGGCAUAGUUUUACGCGCUGUACCUACGUGCAGAAUAACUCAACAUAAACAUAAAUCGGAAAUAUAAUAAUAUAAAGAAAAGAAAUUCAUCUCCACCCUCCACUCUCCAUCCUCUGAUACAUUUCAAUUACCUUGACAUUAAUCUAUCAUUCAAUCUCGAUUAUGGCACUAUGAAUAAAACCAAUAGCUACACGUACACUUUACGAAAUCAUAUUAUGUAGAUUAUACUUAACUUAUUCGUACGUUUAAGUUCAUAUAACAGACUUUUUUUGUCACUGAUGUAUAUGAGAAGCAUCUCUCAGAGUUAGAUUUUAAGUACGAAGUUAAAAAAAAUCUCCGAUUUGUAAGAUAAGCUUUACAUCUCUUUCGAAAUUGUAUUUUAUUCUUUAAAUUUCAUCGACAUGUGAUAUUUCGAUAUCUGAGCAUAAUAUAUAUUACACAUGCAUAAAUUCGUUACAUAAUUAUGCGGUGUAGCUUGCAUGUAAUUUUGCCAAUAAUAUAAUUGAGGCACUUAUAAACAGGUGGUCAAAUUGGACUUAGUAUAGUCAAAUAAAUAUUGCAUUGUUUGUAAUUUCUAUGUAAGAAGAUUGAAAGAUAAGUCUAAUGUGGACAUAAUAUAGCUUGAUUUAUUAAAUAAUGUGGAUUAUUUAAUAAAUAUAAAAUAUAUAAAUAGUAUUCCUUUUUUGUAAGUGUUUAUGCUUUGUCGUGAUAAACCGUGAAAGAAUAAAUACGCGCGAUCACAUGG